UAUGUAACUCGAACUUCUGUGUUGAAAUUGCAGAACAAUUGAAUUUAAAUCUCUAGUACACGAUGAAGCGUAGCAUUACUAAUAUUGUGGAUGAGCAGCGCGAGAAGGACAAGUCGUCUAGCCCGCCCCCUCCAUAUUCGCCAUUAUCCUCGCCGAGAUCUUCGCCGCCGCCGACCACCAAUGGAUAUCCCGUUUUGUACGUGGAUGUGGUGAAGAACCGACCAACGGAGAGGAUUCUGCCAACACCUCCAUUGCCUCGGUCUGUUUCACCGGAGUUCAGUAUUUUCCCGGAAGAUUUUCCGGCUCUGCCGCGCACCGCAAACUUGCCAUUGGAUCCGAAUUCAACGGUUCCCGUCGACUGGAAAUCUGCUUUGAGCGAGGAAGAACGGGCUGAGUUGGCCAAGUACAGGGAUGAAGUCAUGUCCAGCGACACGAAGGUCGGUUCCGACAGCAGCGAUGACUUUCUGGCGAAUGUCCAGGGUCAAGAAAAGGCCAUGGAUUCCUUUCCGCAAUUUAAUAGUUACCUUGUCAAUUCCUCGGGCUUCGAUGUGAGCCUGAUUUUUGGCAAGCAAUUCCUGCAGGAGGGUGUCCGACAGAGGGCUCUCAUUGCAAGCCGCAAGAGGCAUAACCAAGAGAGUGUUUAUCCUCCUCCGGGUUUCGAGAACACCAAAAUCUUUGCCCGCAUGAAGACCAAUGGCACAGGAAUGCCACUGGGAGGCGUCAACUUUGAGCUGGGAACUCCGUUGUACGACCGGAUGUGGAAAAUGAAUUCGGAAUCGCCACGUUCCGCUGUUGAAGGAAGCUUUGGAAUGCUGGGACUGGCUAGUAAACUGGGAUCGGUCCAGCGAAAUCCCCGGCUGAUGCCGAACCUUUUUGGCGAUAAUGUCCAGUACGGAGGAUCCUGCAGGGUCUCCUUUCCCGGCUCCAACUACAACUACAAUGUGCCAUUAAGCUUCCGCCUGGCUGGAAGAUUGGGUCUUCCACAACCGAGGACUGAUCAGAUGCAGGUGGAGCUGCUGUUUUACCUAUUUUACACCUUCACGGGAGAUCUGCUGCAGAUGCUCGCAGCAGCGGAAUUGGCGGAACGGGGCUGGCGGUAUCACAAGUUCAUGCUCUACUGGAUCAUCCGUCAGGCGGACAAUCCUAACUACUCGUAUAAGGGCUACCAGGAGUCCGGCGAGUACAACUACUUCAACAUGUGCCAGUGGAAGAUCCAGCCGCGUCACUUUCAACUGGAUCCCGAGCAGAUUGACAGGACACUGUCCAAGGAGGAACUGUACAAGAUGCAUGGCUACCAUCCGCAGAUGUCUUCCGUGUAGAGGAAUACCUAUUAUUCCCUCGGUGGCCUUUUAAUAUGUAUCGUCGAUCUCACAAAUUUUAUACAA